UUCAGCCUAUUAAAAGUUCCUAACGUGCUAACAAAUGCCUAAAAUGGCAACAGCAGAAGAAGCAAUCACCACCGACUCUGAUCCCAAUCAGAAAUCGUACCUCCCUACCACGGAAGAGCUCGAAAAGGUUUUCAAUCGAUUUGAUGCCAACGGCGACGGUAAGAUCUCGUUGUCGGAGCUCGACGACGUGAUGAAGGCGAUGGGAUCGUCUUACUCCAUGAGCGAGCUUGAGCGUGUGAUGGAGGACAUUGACAGUGAUAAAGACGGAUUUAUCAGCCUUCCUGAGUUUGCUCACCUCUGCCGCACCACCUCCAAUCCUGCUCAGGAGCUCCGCUACGCGUUUGACCUUUACGAUCAGGACAAGAAUGGACUCAUCUCUUCUUCCGAGCUCCACCUUGUUCUCAACCGCCUCGGCAUCAAAUGCUCCGUGGACGACUGCGUCAAGAUGAUCCGCUCCGUUGAUUCUGAUGGCGACGGGAAUGUCAAUUUCCAGGAGUUCGAGAAGAUGAUGUCCAAUAAGCUCGCCAACGGAUCCGGAUCCUAGGUUUGGGGUGAAUGGGUGAUGGAAACGUUUGGAUCUGUGCGUCAUACGAACGGUAUCCUCACCUCAUCCUUUUUUUCUUGUAAUUUUUCUUGGAACUUUUCUGAAUCUUGACGUCGAGAUAUUAUGUUUAGUCGUUCAAGACGCCUUUCCUUUGCUGUUUCUUAUAAAUAUUUUGUCUGAGUUCUCCUAAUUCAAACUGAAUCAACUGCGAUUCAUAUUAAUAAUGAAAUGGAAAAUCAGAACAUUCACUCGGCUUCAAUUAA